UUUCUAAAAGAUUGGUUAUGUGUUGCGUACACUUUCCAAUUCAAUUCCAAAACGAUAUACCUAUGUACCGGUAUUGUUAACUUGUACUAUCGUUGAUAUUAACAUUAAUACGUAGGCAUCAUGAAACUUGUUAGGUUUUUGAUGAAGUUGAGCCAUGAAACAGUUACAAUAGAAUUGAAAAAUGGUACUCAAGUUCAUGGAACCAUUACUGGCGUUGAUGUAGCGAUGAAUACACAUUUGAAAUCAGUUAAAAUGACAAUAAAAAAUAGAGAUCCAGUCCAAUUGGAUACCCUUAGUUUAAGAGGAAACAAUAUAAGGUACUACAUACUACCAGACUCAUUGCCUUUAGAAACAUUAUUAAUUGAUGAUACACCAAAAGCUAAAGCCAAAAAGAAAGAAGCAGCUCGAGGAGCUGCAAGAGGUAGAGGACGUGGAGGAAGAGGAGCUAGGGGUGGUCGUGGUAGAGGAAGAGGACGAGGAAGACGAUAAUAAUGUUAACUUUUCAUUCCAAAAAACAAGAAUAUUUGGUUAAAUUCAUUUGUCAGUGGCAUUUUUCAUGUACUAAAAACUUUUUCUUUUUUCUUUCAAUUAAUAAUCAUUUAUGAACUAUUUAGAACUAAAUAUAUCGAUUAAGAUAUUUAUGAGAAUCAGAUUCCAAUUAAUUGUAAUGAUUUGUAAUCAUCUAUUAAUUUUAAAUGAAAGUUCUAAUCAGGAAUGUAUUAAUC